AUGUCAGCCGCAUGUCCGGCAAUCCUGCCUGGGCAUCUUCGGGGCUUAAGGCGGACAACAGGGUCAGUCCGAGUCAGAUAUUUCAGGUGCAACGCCACCGAUGAUCUGCUGGCGCGCAGAGGUUCAGUUUACGAGUCGAUCUACCAGGAUAUGGACCGAGACGUCGGCCUAGAGAUUGCUGAGAAGUCUCACAAGGAUGCCCCGAGGGUCCCGGGCGAUGGUUGGUUCUAUGGUGAGCUGAGUUGGGAGGGGAUGUAUGACCUCAUCUCCCUCGCCCAACCGGAGGAAGGGGAUGUUUUUCUGGAUAUGGGCAGCGGUCUUGGCAAAAUGGUGCUGUCAACGGCGAUGACCAGAUGUUUCAAGGAGUGCAGGGGUGUCGAAAUUCUCCCUGAGCUGGCGCAAAAGGCUUCGGCGGCGCUGGAGAGGCUCGCACAGGAGCUGGAUCCUGAGGAGUUUGCGAGUUUGCCGAGAAUCAGCCUGGUGGAGGGUGACAUGUUCGGCGCGGACGUGAGCGACGCGGACAUCGUGUACUGUUUCGCCACCUGUCUCACCGCGGAGGUGCUACAGGGUUUCAUAUGGAAGGUGGAAGCGGAGAUGAAGAGCGGCGCGCGGCUGCUCAUAAUUAGCAAGCAGGUCGAGUCAGAUUACUUCGACCCAUGGAUCGUGCCGUACAAGAGCGUCGAGCAGGCGCACAGCAAGUGGAACCUGGAUUGCUUCCUGUACGUGCAUAAGUGA